AUGCUCACAUUUAUCGUGUUGACGGUGUCCAUCUGGACGCUGCUCAAUCUCACAGAUCUUAUACUAAGAUCUUGCAUGUGUCAACCUUACAUAGAUUUUUUAAGUUACCGAAAUCUAGAGGUGAAAUCAUUCCGCAUAGAAUGGUUCACGACAAGAUUGAAUCACUAUUUCAAUUGCAACAGCCGGCGACAGUCCCAGUGGUUCGAAGUAGGGACCAUUGUCUCCCUAUGCCUUAUGCCGGUCUCGUUCAUAUUCUUGAUACGAACGGUUGCGUCCCUGGUCUCUGAAAUUCUCUAUGCCGCGCCGUCUUCGUCAUCGAUGGAUCUCACGCCUGUCCUUCCCGGAGUCAACAUUCCCCUGUCCGACUUGCCCUUUUACCUGAGCACGUUGGUCCUUUGCGGCGUGCUCCACGAGUUCGGACACGCUUUAGCUGCUUCGUGGGAAGGUGUUAGAAUAAACAAAGUUGGAGCAUUCAUAAUCAUAAUAUUCCCGGGUGCUUACGUCGACCUGUCGUCGGAAGUUCUGAGCAAGGUCUCACCGUGGAGACGCAUCAAGAUCUUCAGCGCGGGGAUAUGGCACAAUUUAGUCAUAGCCGCCGUAGCUUGGACGCUCCUUGUAGUCGAUCCCGUGGUCCUGACUCCUGUUUUCCGCGCCGGGGUCUCGGUGGUAUCCGUUGUGCCCGAUAGUGGUGCAGACGGGCCUUCGGGACUCUGGCCCGGCGAUGAGAUUCUCUCCGUGAACGAAUGCAAGGUUGACGGCUACAACGACUGGCAGACUUGUCUCAUGCUGUACAUGCGACAGCCCCAAUUGGGCGGUUGUCUAGAGCGGAACUACGUCGUUGGCGCGGCCACUUCCGCGAGCAAUUCUUGCUGUUCCGGCCUGGAAUCAGGAUCCGAGCUCUGCUUCAGCCUCCAACCAUCCUUCAGGAGUUCAGAAGAGUGCCUGUCAGCCCGGAGAACGAUCAUAAAAUUCACGCGUCCUUGCCUGAACGAAACCACGUGCGGGGAGACCGAAGUCUGCGCGACGCCUAAACUGCCUCAUCCGAAGCACCGGCUCGUCAUCAUACAUCGAGCGAACGUUCGUCAGGACAUGCUCUUCCUCGGCCCCCCUGAGCAUCUCUGGAAGUUCGUCAGGGUUGCGCCUUACGUGCCUAGGACUCCGAUAGUUUCUGUACAGACUCUUUUUUACUGGGAAACCUUUCUCAAAUAUGUGAUGUCCUUUUCUGGCGCUCUGGCUUUCCUCAAUCUCAUGCCGUGCUACUCGUUAGACGGAACGUGGAUCUUGAGCGCUCUCAUUGAACUAUUGUGGGGACGCAGGAGUCCAACACGUAAUCAAAGGCUGUAUAAUGUUAUAAUGUUCAUCGGCACGACGUUAGUGGGAGUCACGGUGACUCUAGGUCUUCGAAAACUGUUUUAUAUUAUCUGAAUUUCUCGAGUAUGGACUACUGGAGAAGAGUCACGCUUCGGGAUGCAGGAAUCGUCGGAGAUUGAAAGGCGCCCAAUUUCCGCUGAUCUGCGCUCCGAUGUCCCGUUCGAAGGAAGACCCCGAAUUCUCGCAUUCCCGUCGUUUCGCAGGAGAAGACAGGCAGCUGGGAGUCAUGUGUUAUGAUCCUGUUGAGCUCAGUCAGUCAGUCAGUU